GGUGACGGCCGUCAUUCUACGCAUGCGCAGACGACGUUCCAAUCUGCGACUGCUCGCUAGCUCGCUUAGGCGCGAGUUUUCCUCAAAAACAAGAAAGAAAGAGAAAGAAAAAAGAGACAACAUCUUACGCUGUUUAAAUGUCGACGAGUGACUUCUACUUGAGGUAUUAUGUUGGCCACAAAGGCAAAUUUGGACACGAGUUCUUGGAGUUUGAAUUCAGACCCGAUGGUAAGCUGCGCUACGCCAAUAACAGCAACUACAAGAAUGACGUCAUGAUCCGAAAGGAGGCGUACGUCCACAAGAGCGUCAUGGAGGAGCUCAAGAGGAUCAUCGACGACAGCGAGAUCACCAAAGAGGACGACGCGCUGUGGCCGCCUCCCGACCGAGUCGGAAGACAGGAACUGGAAAUCGUGAUCGGCGACGAGCACAUUUCCUUCACAACCUCCAAAAUCGGCUCUUUGAUUGACGUCAACCAGUCCAAGGAUCCCGAAGGUCUGCGUGUAUUUUAUUACCUGGUGCAGGACCUCAAGUGUUUGGUGUUCAGUCUGAUCGGACUUCACUUCAAGAUCAAGCCCAUCUAGAUGCAGUCGCUCUUGGGCUGUCGCCACGCAUUUGUACAUUUGCUUCUUUUUUUGUCUACGUUUUAAAUAAAGCUUUGAGAUAC